CGCUCCUCGCAGCAUGGCCGACACUGCCGCCGCCGCCUCGACGUCUGCUGCGCCUGCACCGCCGGCCGUGGUGACGCGGCGCAUCCACCUCAGCGGCCUGGCGCCCGCCAUCCCCGACGCUGCGCUGCUCGCACGCUUCGCCGCGCUGCAGCCGGCGGGCCUGCACCGGCCCAGCGCGCCCAACGCCGUCGGCGCCGUGCCCGCCGUCGCCUGGCUCACCCUCACCGCGCCGCCCAAGGACAUCGACCGCGCGCUGGGUGCGCUGCACGGCAGCGUGUGGAAGGGCAGCAAGAUCCGCUGCGGCAACGCCAAGCACGACGGCGCACAGGGCCCGCUCCCGCACAAGCCCGAGAGCGAGGCCGUGCGCGUGCGGCGCGAGGAGAAGGAGGCGCGCCGCCUCAAGAAGGCCAGCCGCGAGAAGGGCUGCGAGCGGCCGGUGGAUGAGGCGCAGGUCAAGGCCGGCGAGUGGGGCUGGCACCUCACGCCGGCGCAGCACCUCGUGCGCCCGCUGCACAUGCGGCCCGACCACCCGCUGCCGAAGCCCUCGACACCGGCGCCGCCGUUGCGCACCGGUGCCGUGCGGCCCACGCCGCCCACGCGCGCUCGCCGCACCACGCUCGACCCGCGGCGCUACGGCGCAAAGCACCUUGCCGGUGCUAUCCUGGGCAACAAGGAGGGCAGCAGAGAGUGGCGGCUAGAGGAGCCGGAGGAGGAUGACGACGCAUCGGCGCCUCGCUGGGUCGACCAGGAUGGCGCAGUCGAGCCAGUGCCGAAGAAGCGCCGCGCGACGCCGCCGCCGAUGCCCGCUGUCAGGGCAGCACUAGCACUGCCGCCAGCACAGCCUGCGGCGCCGAAGAAGCAGGCAGCGCCAGAGCUUGACGAAGCAUCCGCUUCCUCUUUCUCCGACUCGGAAGACUCGCAGUCCUUCCUCGACGCGCACGAAGACGAUGCAGACUCCAUACCCGAUGCGCUCUUCUCGCCGCGCCGCGACGACUCGCCGCUCUUCGAUGAUGCCGAGGCACCAGGCUCACCGCUGUUCGACGAUGCCGAGGCGCCGGCCUCGCCGCUGUUCCACCCGCGCUCGCCGUCGCCCGAAUUUGUGCCGCAGUUCCCGCGCUACGACCCGCGCGAGGACGAGGAGUGGUCGGAGGGCUACAACGAAGAUGCGGCGGCAGCAGCUGCUGCCGCUUCCGCUGCACCGGCGCUCAAGGGCGAUGACGAGGCGCAGCGCAUGAAGAGCAUCCUGGGCCAGGUCAUGGGCGGCAAGGUGCCCUUUGCGAGUGGCAGCCGCGCCGAUGAGACCGUGCUCGACAGCGACGACGAUAGCGAGCUCGAAGAGCUGCUGCGCAGUUCCCGGCCUGGCGCCAAGGGCAAGGCGCCUGCACCGAAGAAGGCUGCUGAGCCCGCUUCGGCAUCCUCUCACGGCAGCUCGGCCACGAUCGUCGAGGCCGCACCCGUCGCUGCACAGCCUGCACCUUCCGCGCAGGACGUUGUGAGCGAGUCAGACGAAGACGAGGAGGAGGACGAGGAAAAUAAAGCCGCAGAGCCUCAGCCGGCCGGCACCAACGCCGGGCCGCAGGCCGCGACUACCAGCAUCGAAGAGCUGCAAGUGGAGCAGGCAGCCGUGGAGCUCGCCGCACCGGUCAUCACUGCCGGCCAGCGCCGCCGCGACAUGCUUCUGCAGCCCGCUGCGGCCGCGCAGGAGGCGUCCGCCUCGCGCUUUGCGCCCGUCGUGCGCUUCGACCCCGGAGCGGCUGCUGAGUGGGACGACGAGGACGAGGAGAUGGAGGAGCCGGAGCCGCAGCCUCAAGAGAGCGCGGCUCAGCCGCAGGCGCACGGAGAGGCCGGCGAGCAGAAGAGCGCCGUCAUGACGCAGAAGCUCACGGACAUGUUCAAGCCGCAAGAAGAGGCUGCGGGCUUCUCGCUGCUUGGCAACCUGGACGACCUCGAGCUGGACUUCGACAUGGAGUUCGAGACCUCCGAGCUGCCAGAAGAGCCAGUCACAGCAGCUGCACCCAGCGCACCCGCACCAGCUCCGGUGCCCGGCGCAGUGCCCGGCUUCGACCCGUCCACCUCGCUGCCCUUCUUCUUCCCCAGCUUCACGCGCGACCGCGGCGAGCGCGAGCCCAUGGCGCUGCUGCUCGACGGCGUGCCGCCGUUCGGGCGCACCGAGACGGCCGAGCAGAUCCACGCGCGCUGGGAGGAGCGCCGCGGCACGCUGACGCAGGAGUGGAAGCGGCGGCACCGCGAGGCCGUCAAGAAGAAGAAGCGUGGCAUUGUCGGCAGCCGACGCGCAGGCGACGCCAUGCCGAGCAGGUAGAAUGCAAUGCAUUGGC